AGGAAGCCGUAAUUGACAAGAAUAUCCACCCACCCUUCUCUCUUCUCUCUGUCUCUCUCUGCUGGCGCCUUCUGAUGAUGAUUAAUCGACGCACGUCUUACGGCGUCAAAGCUGGAAUUCUGAACAAAUUCACUCAUCCAUUUUUUUGUUUGCUCGUUCUUUUUUAGUCUUCCCGUUCGUCAUCGUCUCCGCUGGUGAUUCACAUGUUGCAUCCCUCAUCGCCAUGAGGUCUCUCUUCCUCCUCUGCCUUCUCUUCUUGUGCACCAUCUUCACCAUUGUUCCUCAACUCUCUGCUGCUCUUGUGUUUCCUAGAGCUUUCUUCAUAGACUGCGGAUCAUCACAAGAGACAAUACUGGGAGAUUUGAGGUGGAUACCCGAUGAUGGUUUUAUCAAAGUGGGGAAUAAGACUACAAUUCAGACACCAAGUUUGCUGCCGGGCCUGAGCUCUCUGCGGUUCUUUCCGGACACAUCUGCAAUAAAGUACUGCUAUACGCUUCCUGUGGUCAGGGGAGCCAGGUAUCUUGUGAGGACGACUUAUUUCUAUGGCAACUUCGAUGGCCGUGGGGACCCACCGGUUUUUAAUCAGAUUGUCGAAGGCACGCUCUGGAGUGUUGUCAACACGACUGCUGAUUAUUCUCAAGGAUUGUCAACGUUUUACGAGAUAAUCCUCGCUGCCACAGGGAAGACACUGAGCGUGUGUCUGGCGAGGAAUCAGCAUACUGCCUCUAGCCCAUUCAUUUCUGCUCUGGAGUUGGUGCUUUUGGAGCAGUCAUUGUAUAAUUCGACAGAUUUCUCCAAGUUCGCACUCACCACAGUUUCCCGCCAUAGUUUUGGCCACAAUGGGAACAUGAUAAGCUUUCCAGAUGAUCCAUUUGACCGCUACUGGCAACCAUUUAUGGACAAUCAUCCAGCAGUCACCUCCAAAUCCAAUGUCUCGGUGUUGGACUUCUGGAACAAGCCACCUGCACAAGUCUUCUGGACUGCACUAGGAACUGAGCAUCCUUAUGAAACCCUGCAACUUCAAUGGCCAACAGUAGCCUUGCCAUCUUCCAGCUAUUACAUUGCUUUGUAUUUCCAGGACAACAGGGAACCAGCACCAGAUCAUUGGAGGGUUUUUGACAUCAGUGUCAAUGUCAAGACAUUCUAUCCAAACCUCAAUGUUUCCACUUCAGGGGUGGUUGUUUAUGCAAACCAUUGGCCACUGUCUGCCCUAACUCAGAUUGCACUGACUCCUGCUCCUGGCUCAAAAGUUGGACCACUUAUCAAUGCAGGAGAAGUUUUCCAAAUAAGAGAAUUGGGUGGGAGAACUAUUACUAGAGAUGUCACUGCCAUGCAUGCUUUGGCAAGAAGUUUAAGUAAUCUACCGUCUGACUGGAAUGGAGAUCCCUGCUUACCAAAAGGGAAUUCUUGGACAGGUGUCUCAUGCUCCGAGGGAAAGCUUGUUCGAGUCAUUUCACUGAGCUUGACCAACUUUGGGAUUUCUGGAUCUCUGUCCCCUGCAAUUGCUAAUCUGACUGCGUUAACUACCAUCUGGCUUGGAGGUAACAAUCUUGCAGGACCUAUUCCAGAUCUAAUAUCCUUGAAGAUGCUGGAUUCCCUCCAUUUGGAGGACAAUCAAUUCAGUGGUUCAAUUCCUUCAUCGUUGGCAGAUCUGGACAGCCUACGUGAACUGUUCCUGCAGAACAACAAUUUGAGUGGGCCAGUUCCUGAUAAUCUACUGAGAAGGCCAGGGCUGAACCUUCGGUUAACUCCUGGGAAUCAUUUUGAAGGCAUGGGGUGAGCACCAAGUCUGGUCCAUGUACCCUUGGAAACAUCAACAGAAAGUGUUAACUGAAUGAAAGAUUGUGAGAAAUGUUGUUCAGCUUUGAGGAGUUCCUUGCUUUGAUGAAUUUAAAUAACACCACUUCCUCUAGAAAUCAAGUUGCUAUGCUAUAAUAGUUCAAUUUACAGGCUUGGCAUCUAGUGUUGAAGCGCUAACCUCACUUGUCUGUGUUCCUGUCUUUGUCAAAGUCGUAUAAGAAUAAGAAUUUCUGUUUAGAAAAAGGUGAUGAUCAGUCAACCAAAGAGUCAUAUUCCUCAAAGGUUUACUUUCUUCUGGAAGUUCUUCUGUAAAUGUUGGUAGGCACCAGAGGCGAUAUGUGAUGCUUCUAUGGAUACUGAUGAUUACAACAAAAUUGAUACAUGACAAUAUUGCAAGCGAUAGGGUUUCAGAAACCCUUAGGCAUGAAUCUUUCUCUUUCUCUCUCUCUUUGCCUUUCGAGUAUGUAACAAGUUCUGAGAGAAAGAUCCACCAUCAUAUCUUGUACUUUGUAGGUGGUUUCUGGCCUGUACGUAUAAAGUCUUGAUUCAUCGCUAUACAUGUCAUAUUUAUA